UUUAUUUCCUUCAAAUUAAUAGUGAUUAUUUUUGAAAAUAACCAAAUAUUGUAUUUAAGGAAGCUCAGCCUAUUGUGGAACAUCGUAGAGGAUACGGUUGAGGUCGGCAGACAUUGCUGGAAAUAAAGGGAGUAAAUUUAAGCCUGCAAGCAACGUGUGCUAAAUCAUUGGACAAUUCGCCAAAAGGCAGAGGCGUUUGUGCUUGUAUGUGUACACACAAGAAAGCUAAAAGAAGGCAGGAGGCGGAGGAUCAUCAGCAACAGCAGUGAUAAUUAGCAGCUGUGAAAAAUGCCAGGCAAAGUUGGUGUGAAAAUCAAAGCCGGGCGCAACUUGCCCGUAAUGGACAGAAGCAGUGAUACUACCGACGCAUAUGUGGAAAUAAAAUUAGGCAAUGUCACUCAUAAGACAGACGUUUGUCGCAAAAGCUUAAACCCACAGUGGAAUACUGACUGGUUUCGUUUCGAGGUUGACGAUGCUGAACUGCAAGAUGAACCAUUACAAAUCCGUUUGAUGGAUUACGAUACAUACUCAGCCAACGAUGCUAUUGGCAAAGUGAAUAUAAGCCUGAAUCCCUUAUGUUUGGAGAUGUCCGGACCAACGACGCAUGGAAAGGGUACUGUGUUAUCUGGCUGGAUACCCGUUUUCGAUACAAUGCAUGGUAUACGCGGCGAAGUCAACGUAAUUGUCAAAGUGGACCUCUUCUCUGACUUAAACAAGUUCAGGCAGAGUUCCUGUGGCAUACCAUUCUUCCACUCACAAUGCAUACCAUAUGGUUAUCGCGCACAGAUCAUUCACGGUUUCGUCGAAGAGCUAGUUGUCAACGAUGAUCCCGAAUAUCAAUGGAUAGAUAAAAUACGAACGCCAAGAGCUUCGAACGAGGCUAGGCAAGUAGUAUUUCUUAAAUUGUCGGGACAAGUGCAACGAAAAAUGGGCCUUAAGGCUAUUAAUAUGGGCGCAAAUGCUGUUAUUGGUUAUACGCAAUGCUUCGAUUUGGAAGGGGACGUCGGAGUGGUGGCGCGCGGCAUUGGUACUGCAGUGACCUUGAUCAAAGAUACAACAAGCAGCCAAUCUGCGGCAGCUACAGCAGAUAAUGCGCUAAUUGAAGAGCGUACCAUGAAGUACAUAGAAUUUCUGACAGGUUCGCACAUCAAUCUCGCUGAACAGCCGCCUCCUUGUGAAUUACAAAUUCACAAAUCAUGUUCAUCAACCCUCUUCGAUCUGCAGCACGCCAAUACAGGCGCCAUGGAAGACAACGAAAUCAUGCACGAUCUGAUGCGACAAGAGGAUGGACGUGGUGAGAAGCCGGCGAAAAAGUUGCGCCAUCAUAUGAAGCGCUUUACGCACUCUUCGCGCAAUAUGCUUAACGAGAAAUAUAAUGCAUUCUUACGGAAAUUCGGCGAUAGCAUCGAAUCCAAGUCGCCUAGCAGCACUUCACGUUCGCUGACCAGCCUCUGCGUCAGCGGUGGUCUCAUCAAAGAUGACGCUACUACCUCAGGUUCAUCGGGCCGUAGUUCAACUUGCACCGCUUACGAUAUGCGUCGACGUAAGAGUUUCAAGGCUAAACAUAAGUUGUUUGGUAGCGCCAGCGGCGGCGGCACGAAAUCAGCCUUGCUGCAGCGCACAUCAACUGUAAAGCGUAGUAGCGGUGCAAACAAUAUAAGUGGAAACGCCGUCAAUCCGCAUCACGCAAUACUACGUUCGGUGAGUGCAGAUUCAUCGGUGAGACGUUGUGUGGAAGGUGGCGGCAGCUGCGGCGUUGCUACCAACAAGGCUGGUCCACCAUUAGUCACAUCAAUAUCUGAAUAUUCGGAUAGCACGCGCUCCUCGCCGAAUAUUUGUGAUGAUCAAUUGGACGCGCUGCUUGAACUACAACGUGCCCGUGGCGAACCAAAACAAUUCUAUUACAAUAAAAACGAAUUUUGCAAUACACCAUCGAUGGCGAGUGAUAGCUGUGGCCGUAGCGAUAGUAGCAGCUGUGUGGAUGUAGUGAGCGCCAUUGGUGGCUUUCAUCCAUUUGGCGAGUUCUCGCAACACGAACCACAUCGGCUGCAGCUGAACGCACACGACACAGGUACAAUUCGCUCAUGCUCGACAAAUACACCCUCGUUGAGUAAUUCAGAGAGUUCGGGUUCAGAAGCAGAGUUCGCGCGCGAAAUGGCGCGCGAGGAGGAAGAAGAACUUGUGAAAGUGCAGACUUAUUUGAAAAUAUGUAAGGACAACGAAGAGGUUGAUGCCAAGUGGAUACGACCAAGCGAGCUGGAAGGCUUCGAUGAUAGUUUGACAGAUUUAACACCACGGCGUUCAUUGCUGCGCGACCUAAAGACAUUGUCGCAACAUGUGCAGGAUUUCAUUCAGUCUAAGCCAAAGAAAACAGAAAAAUCGCCAACGCCAUCGCCACAGCAACAACGUCGCACUGCACCACACCCUCAAUCCCUGCUACUACAACCGCCAAUAGAUGAUAGCAAAGCAUAUUAUUCUUCACAACCGGAGAUUUGCAUUGAUUGGGACGGCGAUGUGUGCACACCACCACCACCAGUCUCGCACAUUGCCCAUUCACGUUCGCUGAUCAAUCUCAGACGCAGCGCCACCAACUCACCAACAACAGUUAACAAUGCUAACGCUAAUGCUAGAGAGCUUGAUUUAACUACCACAAAAGAUGAUAUGUACGCUACUAGUGCCUAUGCCUAUGGCUAUGUUUCGGAUUCUGAUGCAAGCUCCGCUUAUCUGCCAGUCACUAUUAAAACAUUUGCCGAUAAUAAAUGUCCUGUAUUUAAAAUUUGUCCCUCUACCCCCACACCUUCGGAAACUGAUUUGAAGAUUCCCUUUAUAGAAGAGGAUGCUUCGACAAUUGUGGAUGACAGUAGCGCCUCAGAGACCAGCGAGAUACCCACCCCAGUUUUAGGUAGCAGCACACUUAGCGUAGCCACCAUUAGCGCUGCGGCGCCGCCCACCAAUAUUGAUGUUAAUGCUAAUUCCCCUGUAACUAGCAGAAAGUACGUAGUAGGCGAUACUUGUAGUAGUAUUAGUAGUCCACAGCGCUCCCCUAGUCACCCUAGUGUUUCCGAUUCCGUUUAUUUAAGUAAAAAUAAAAACUCUACUAAUCACAAUAGUAAUAAUCUGAAUUCACACUUGCUUGCGCCACCGCCAUUGCCAUUGCCAUUACCAUUGCCGUCAUCAUCGCCUACGCCAACGCGAACGCCAACGCCCGUAUUUGUGUCCGUGCCUACCUCAUCGCCAUCCACACCGCUACUUUGCACCAAAAAUCGUCAUCAUCGUCAACGCGAACAUCAUCCUUCGCAUCAUCAUAGGUCAUUGAACGAGAUCAAUGCAGCAGCUGUGGCAUCUAAUAACGCUUUGGUAGCGGCAGCUGCCGCCGCAUCUUCUGGCAUCACCGAUAGUCCCAGUUUGAAACGUUUCACAUCGCCGGCACAGGCAGCUGUUGUGGCAGCAGCGGCAGCAAUGCCAACCGCUAAUGCGUUAUCUAGUGGGCCAUCGUCAGCAGCGCUUAUGUUAGGCAGUAGUAGCAGCAAUAGCAGCGGCGGUGGUCGAGCCAAACUCUCACCCAGUUCAUCGAAGUUGGCAUUGAAUGCGUCAGCAACAACGACGGCAGCGUCCAAUGCAACCACAGUCGCAAGUAAUGCAGUAACAGUUGCAGCGGGUACUUCGCCAGCGACGGCGGCAGUUGAUAGAGCGACGGCAACAAGCGUGACGAAUUCAAUACCAGCAGCAGCGGUUGCAUCGAAGGAGGUGCCAACGGAAAUGUGUCGACGCUCGUCAGAUUCAGACUUGAGCGUUACGCCAAAAGGAAACUCAUUGUGUGUGGCCAGUGAACGUUUGGUAGCCGCCACAGCGAUGAUGCGGCUCAGUCAAUCGUUGGGCGGAAAAAAUGCCAACACUGAUGGCAUGGAAGGAAUGCUGGAGUAUCCUUUCUUAACCAUGACAAAAUAUCCUCCUGGCUUCAUAUUGCAUUUAGGUGCCACUGUAGCAGCGCGUUCGGUGAAAUUGUUAGAGCGUGUACCCAAUCCCGACGAACCCGAAGUACGUGACUCGUGGUGGACAGAAUUGCGCAUGGAAAUACGUUCGCAUGCGCGCGCCCUUGGCUGUAAUGUCGUGUUGGGCUACUCUGAAGCGACGACCAUAUCUGACGACGUUUGUGUUCUCUCUGCGACAGGAACAGCGGCCGUCAUUAAUAUGGCCUAUAACCGCUCCGUAUCUCAAACUGAUAUACUCCCCACAGUAGUAAAGCCAGUCGGCAUUGGCAUUGGUCUGAGUAAUACCGGCGUUGUGAUGUCUGCCUCACUGGAGGAACGUGAAACACUCAAAGACCUGCGAAACGGCAUGGCCAACGAUGCAGCCGCAUCCAUCGCAGUGAAGGACUCGACGAUGUCAUCAUCAUUGGGCGCUGCCACACACAGUUCGGUAGGCAAGAAAAAUAUGCUGCCGCCCAGCAUGAAUCUUGUGAAAAAUUCCGCAUGCAGCGUAUGUCAUGUGCCGUAUAAUCUUGCGUCGGUGCCGUUUAAUGUGAAGAUGAAGAAAUGCGCUAUAUGUCGCAAAGGACGCGUACCAGAUGUGUUGCUGGCGACACUUGAGGUGCCAGAACAUUUGCAUGUCACCGGUCGGGGUUGUUUCAUGCAAGCGCAAGUGGUACGUGCCAAAAAAGACCUACGCUCAGAACUUAAUGCCAAAGAGAUAUCGGAUGGUCUGCCCUUUUUGGAGUACGAAUUACAUCGUGUGCUUAUCAACAAGCUAAAAGCGAAGGGUAUGAAUGCCAUUUUUGGUUUGAGAGCGCAAGUAGCUAUAGGUGAACGAAUGAUUGCACUAAUAGCGACGGGCACAGCACUCUUCCUCACCGCUCUGCCAGUGCCUCAGGUGCCAAAGAUUGUGGCUGGCAAUACGUGGACGGAUAAACAGAAAUUGAAUGAAUUGCAAAAGAAAUUGCAAGAGACAUUCGAACGCAAUCAGGAAAUUUAUCAGCUCAAAUGUAUUGAUCCGGAUUUGAUAAGUAGCAGUGGAGCGACACUGGAUAAACAAUCGGAUACUGAUGAAUCGGAUGAUGAAGUGAUUGAGAUCGAUUUGAAUUGUGGCAAUAAAGAUACCUGUGUUCUAGAAGUAGAUGAUAUUGAGGAUUUAGAAAUUAUUUCAUUGCUCAUGGAAACUUAUCCACCGGAGGGUUUCCACGUGGUUAACACGCAAAGUGUGCCCGGUAUGCUGGAUAUGGAGGCCGUCAAGAAUCUGCAAAUGUUUACACAAGUAUGGCGCGCCAAAUUAGAUGUCAGCCAAAAUAUUAGCGGAUUUCCCAAACACUUUCAGCGACUUUUGCAGACGAUUUACUUUAAAUUACGCACAAUGAUACCCUGUGCGAUAUGCGAUCUGAGAUUCCGACUCGAUCUGCCAGAAAGUGAUCAAAUUCAGCUGCUAGUCACUGGCAUGGCGCUCGGUCUGGGCGAUGCAAAUAAAUUCAAAUAUCGUCGUAAGGCAGCAGCUACCGGCAUAACGAACGGGACAACUGCCGAUGUACCCGAUACUAAUGGUCUGUCUGUAGGCAAUAAACGUACGCUACAAGAAGAGGACUACAUUUUUCCACUCGACGAAGACCAAAUGGUUGAAACGCCAACACCCACGUCAAAUUUACCACCCUAUGGCUUAAAUAGCUUCAAAUUGUCGAAAACAUCACCAUCACGACAGCAGAGCAAGAAAGGAAGUGCAAUUAACCGCAAUUAUUAUUUCCCGCUACGCGAUCGUUACGGCGUUGAUAUAACACCGCUCAGUUUCAUACCAGGUGGUCGCAUUGACAAAUAUCUGGGAAAUUUGAAUUUCUUUUUUAUACGUGAAACGACCUCAAUACGCGAGACUGGUGGCAUUAGCGGUUUUGUGCACUCGUUUAUAACUGAGUUGCUGGCUGUGGUCCGUGCUCAUAUAUCAGCACUUGGCGGCAAUGCUAUGGUUUCAUUCUAUAUGAGUGAACUGAUUUUGGUCGAUAAUCAGCAUAAAAAUCAAGGUCAAUGUUUGAUCAGCAUCGGUGGUGAUGCUGUUUACGUCUCCUAUCACGCCGAUGACUGAUACACGCGCCUAAAAGGCAUCUAGCGCUUAUUUUUUGCUAAUCGACCGAAGAGUCUAUACUACUAAAAGCUACAAGCAGAGUGGAUGGAUAAUAGCUCAAUUGUCGCAAAGGGAAUAUUUUUUUAACGAAACUGUUGAACAAAUCAAAUUAUAGCUUAGGUCGCAACUACUUUACUAAAUGUUUGAACGAUUUUUCCUUAAAACUCACACGCUUAUUAUUGUUAUCAUGCAUGUAUAUAUGUAUGUAUGUAUUUGCCACCUGACUGUUUGUUGUACUUCGUUUAUUAUUGUCGGAUAUUGCACGCGCCCAAAAUUAAGUAACAACAUCUGAAAUACUUUACGAAGCGAAAUAUUAUAUAUAAAUGUAACAAAAAUGCGUAGACAAAAACAAAUAUUAUGAUGAACAAGUGUACAGCGUGAUUUUUCAAUCAAAUACAAAAAAUAAGCAAAAGCGAAAUUAAAAUUUAAAUAACCAAGCUUAGAAAAAUAAUACUGCACUCAAAUCGAAAAGCAUGCUCUCUCUGAAGGAUAUUAAAAUUAUACAGAAUACAUAUACAUACAUACUAUAUUAUAAAAAAAAUGUUUUGAAUUUACCAGCUGUUAGUUUUGCUGCAAAUAGUUUAAAACCUUUGUGAAUUGCAAUAAUUAUUGUACUUAAUUUGCCAAAUGCAAAUACAUAGAUAUGUUAUGUUGAAAUUUUAAUAGAAAAAAUUGUAGUUAAACGCAUAAAUAUUUUUUUUUUUACUCAAUAAUUUUGUAAAUAUUCAAUAUGAUGCGAAUUUAAGUGUUUGUCAAUAUUUGAAGUCGUUAGUUUUUGCAAAAAUCCUUUUGGAAUAUGAACAACUAAAAAGUAAUCAAAAGAAAAGUAAAAUAUGAUAAAUAGGACUCGGAAUUUUAAAUUUUAGAAACUACAAGAAUAACUGAAUAUGCAAUCACAGAAUGGCAAUGCACCACAAAAUAAAAAAAAGUCAUACCAAUUGAUAACAUUAAAAGGUUAUUUUACUGCAUGUAUGUAUGCUCGUAUAUUGUAUUCAUAACUAUACAAAUUUGUGAAUCUGUUUAUACACAUACUACAUAUGUUAUUGUUUGUUACUUUUUCUUUUAAUUAAAAACCAA